AGAGAGAGAGAGAGAGAGGACUUCCAUCCUCUGGUUCACUCCCCAAUUGGCUGCAACUGGCCAAGGCUGUGCCCAUCAGAAGUCAGGGGCCAGGAGCUUCCUCUGGGUCUUGCACGUGGGUGCAGGGGCCCAACGACUUGGGCCGUCUCCUGCUGUUUUCCUAAGCCACAGUAGAUAGCUGGAUCGGAAGUGGAGCAACCGGGACUUGAACUGGUGCCCAUACGGGAUGCCAGCACUGCAGGCGGCAGCUUUACCUGCUAACGCCAUAGCGCCAGCCCCAAGAAAAGUUUCCAAAGUAAACAUGUUUUUCUUUUCUUGUAAAAAUUUUUGGCAAGAGAAAGAAAAGACAUUUGCGAGUAGCCUAGUCCUGCUGGGCUCUGCCUGCUGCCUAGAGGAGAUUCACCCUGCACCUGUGCCAGCCCGGGAGGCCGGGGAAGACACCCUCCCCUCUACCCAGCUCCGUGCCUCUUUGCUUCCCUGCCCUGCUGUGGCCCUGUGGUCCUGGUGGCCUUCUCCUCGCGUCUUAUCUUGGGUCUUGAGUUACCUUAUCCCAGGCGCACUUAUUGAUGAAUGGAAAUGCGUGCAGAGGCCAGGGAGGGGCCAUGUGUCAGUGCUGAGAGGGAAGACUAUAAAGAAUGGGUGUGACUCAUUUCUGUGCCAUUGAGUUUGACAGUGUCCAUGCCCUGUGCUCAUGCAGAGUCUCACCAUCCCCCAGCUUACAGACAGCGGGCUCAGAGAAGCUCUGGGCCUGAGCCACUCCGUCCCUUUGUAGGCGUCCAUGAAUCUGCAUGUUUGUGUGUCCCCAGUCCAUCACCAAGGUCUGUUAACUAUUACCCCUAACUGGUUCCCCAGUCUGUACACUUCUCCCCAUCACCUCCUCCCAGCGACACCUUCCCUGUCAAGCCCUGCCGCGGUGGGCUCCUGGCUGCUCCCCAGUCCUUCUGUACCCUCGCACCCUCCUCCCGUACAGCAGUCUGGGUGAUCUUUUUGCAAUUGUGAUUGAACGUGCCAACCUGCCCGACAACCAUUGCUUAAGCCCUGAUUGCCCAAUGCCCUAAGAUGGAGACAAAACUUAGCGUUUGCUCACAGGAUGUUCCAGAGCCUCCACCUCUUCUCCUGCCUCAAGACUCCCUUCUCCCUCCUCUUCCUCUCUACUCCAGUCCUGUCGACCCUCCCUUAGUCCCUGUACUCACCAUCCUCCUGCCACGGGGCCUUUUUUGCAUGUGCCUGCCGUCUGUCACACCUUUCCUUCUCACCUCUGUGCCAGUCCUUCAGAACUCAACCCAAAUGUUAUCACUCUUUGGGUCACUCCCUCACUAGGCAUUCUCUCCUUUAUAAAAAAAAUAUUUAUUUUAUUUACUUGAAAGGCAGAGUAAUGAGGAAAAGGGGGGAGACCAAGACAGAAAGAUCUUCCAUCUGCUGGUUCACUCCCCAAGUGACCACAACAGCCAGGGCUGGGCCAGGCCAAAGUCAGGAGCCUAAAACUCCAUCCUUGUCUCCAUGUGGGUGGCUUGGACCCACAUACAUGAGCCAUGUUUCGCUGCUCUCCCAGGGAGGUGGAGCAGCCAGGACUUGAACUGGAGCUCAUACAGGAUGUUGGCGUUGUUGGCAUAGGCUUUACCCACUGGGCAACAAUGCAAAUGUUUCACUAGGCAUUCUUUUUUUUUUUUUUUUUUAAUUUAUUUGAGAGGUAGAGUUAUAGACAGUGAGAGAGACAGAGAGAAAGGUCUUCCUUCCGUUGGUUCACCCGCCAAAUGGCCACCACAGCCGGUGCGCUGCACCAAUCCGAAGCCAGGAGCCAGGUGCUUCUCAUGGUCUCCCAUGUGGGUGCAGGGCCCAAGCACCUGGGCCAUCCUCCACUGCACUCCCAGGCCACAGCAGAGAGCUGGACUGGAAGAGGAGCAACUGGUUCACUAGGCAUUCUUACAGCACUUUCUAGGUUUUCUUCAAGUCGCUAGGUGAUUGCAGCUUGACGUCUAUUUGGUUGAUAAUGUUUGUGUUCUCGGAGUUCCCUGAAGGCAGGAACCCGUCUUUCUGCUUCUCCAGUCUGCAGCACUGAGGAGCACAAUGCUAGGCUUGCUAGAGGAGCUCACGAAAUCUUUGUUCAGUGAGAGAGCUGAUGACUGACCAAAACCCAGGGACUCUUCUGAUCUGCUUCCCUUUCCCAAAAGGGGCCCCAAGCCGCUGGGACCUAGGAAGGAGAAGAGGGAGGAUCUGUCAUCUGAAUCCCUGCGGUCCCCGAGUGUAAAUGUGACAGCUGAGUCUACAGCGGGCGCUUUAGGGGGCUUCCUCCUGGGCUCUUCCCCACCUUUCCAAAGAGGGCCAGGAGCGAAGCUCAGGGCCGGCCUCUGCUCCCCAGGCCGCGCCGCGAGGACGGGGAGCUGGGGAGGUAACGAAAGGAAGGGAAUGAAGACAGGUGAGAGGGGCCUCUGUUCUGGACACGGCGCCAGGUGUUCCCCAAGUCACCUCGUUGAGUCCUCCCUAUAUGCCCAUUCCACAGAUGAGAAAACAGACUCAAACAGAAUGUGAGACCUGAGCAGGGUUGGAACACGGAUGCAGGGCAGUGCUGAGUUCGAAUUCAGAUCUGUCAGUCUUCCUCCAAAGUGCUUCCAAGGUGCCCCACUUGCCUCCCAACCCUCAAUCACCUCCUCUACCCAGUUAACUCAGGGUCUCAAAUUCCAUGGUUAGAGACUCAUCCUACAGUGAAUCUUUUAGUUCUCUUUCAGAGUCAGAGUAGGCUGAAGGACGUUGAUGUAUUGGAGACAGAAACUCAGCAUCACGGGGACGACCACUGCAAGGUGCAGAAAGACGCCCAUGAACGCAGGUUGGCGUGUGGAGGUGAAGGCAGUGAGGGACUGGGGAUGAGCGAGUGCAUCGUCAUCUUCCAUGUAGAGGAGAUAAGAGAAACCUUCUAACUGACACAUUCAGAAAGAGAUUACGCAGAGGUGACCACGGGAGAACCAGCAUCAGAAGCUGGGGGGGAGGGGGAGCGCUGCCUCUGGGGAGAAGAGAGAAACCAUCAUUUUUAGUUGUUUGACCUUUUGAGCUGUUCACUUUAAAAAAAAAAAUCAAUGUUUGUCUGUUCUAUAACUUCAAAAAAAAAGCUCAGAAACUUUUGUUAUAAAGAACUAGGCUGAGGCCGGCGCCGCGGCUCACUAGGCUAAUCCUCCACCUAGCGGCGCCGGCACACCGGGUUCUAGUCCCGGUCGGGGCACCGGAUUCUGUCCCGGUUGCCCUUCUUCCAGGCCAGCUCUCUGCUGUGGCCCGAGAGUGCAGUGGAGGAUGGCCCAAGUCCUUGGGCCCUGCACCCCAUGGGGAACCAGGAUAAGUACCUGGCUCCUGCUAUUGGAUCAGCGCAGUGCACCGGCCACAGCGGCCAUUGGAGGGUGAACCAACGGCAAAGGAAGACCUUUCUCUCUGUCUCCUCUCUCUCUCACUGUCCACUCGGCCUGUCAAAAAAAAAAAAAAAAAAAAAAAGGAACUAGGCUAACAAAAAACUAAAUAAACAAAAACGCGCUCCUUUUCCAAUGCAAGUCCAUCUACAAGUGCUAGCCCUUGACGCUGGGUGGAGGUCGGGGCUGUAGCUGUGUAUGGGAGGGGUCUUCCUCCUCUGUGGCAGGAAGGACUUGAGGCAGCAAAGGGUCAUGGGAGAAUAAAUGUGGCUUCCUACACAGUGGCUCUGGGGAAGGGGUGUGGACCACACCUGACAGAUGGGGCCAAUGGCAGCUCACCUUUGGCCACACCCAGGUACAAGGGGGUGUGGACUCUGGGAGGACCACAACAGCUAUAAGAGUACUUCAGAACGUCUAUGGGAAAAUGGAACGAAAAGAUACAUUUUGGUACAAAAAAAUGAAAUCCAUGCAGAUUUUUCCAUAAUGUGCAUCUCCACAUUUCCAUUGAAGACCCCUCACAACCACCCUCCAACUCCAUCUACCAGCUGAGACUCUGCCCCUCCAGUGCCAUGCUCAGAGCAGGAACCCCUGCCAGUUGGGGCUCCUGCUCCUGUAGGAUCUGUCUCUGGCCGCAGCUCCUCGGGGCCCAGAGCAGAUCUUGUCUCAGGAAGGUGGCUGCAGAGGGGUCUCAAGCCAGUGACUCAGGCCCCAGUGAUCGGCUCUGGUAUCAGAGCUGGCCAAAGAAGGUGAACGUCUGCUUCCCUCAGGACCCACGCCCCUGGCUGCUAGACUUGUGCAUGUCUGCUGUUUAUGUCACUUUGCACAGUAGUAGGUGCAGAAAGAGAGGCUGGGGCACGGCUCUGGAGUGCCGCUUGCUGGCAGGCAGGAGCCAGGAGAUUGGUAUUGCCAGCCCCAAAGACCUGUUGAUCUUUGACCCUGGCGCCUCCCAGGGAGCUGUGGCCCUCCCCGCGCCUGCCUGCCUUCCCCGCGGGCCUCUCCCUCAUUCCCCUCGGUGCUCUCGCUCUGACUGGCAGUUUCCCCAGCUCCUUGCCCUGGCCAGUCCUUCCAUGCUGUCUUCCAGACCUACUUCCUGCGAGUCUCCCAAUCCAGACGGGGAGGACCCAAGUAGGAAGGUCCAGUGGACUUCUGAGAGGAGGAGGAGGACGUCGUCCACAGACUCAGAGUCAAGGUCCCACUCGGACCCCUCCAGGGUGCCCAGGUCCCGGAGGUCCAGCCGGCUGACGGUGAAGUACGACCUAGGGCAGCUGCAGCGCUGGCUGGAGAUGGAGCAGUGGGUGGAUGCUCAGAUUCAGGAGCUCUUCCAGGAUGAGUCAGUGACUGCUGACAUUGAGAUUGACCUGGAGGCUCUCAUGGAACUCUCCACAGAGGAGCAGAAGACUCAGUUGGAGGACCUUCUCCGAAACUGUCCCCGCCCCACGGAGCCUUUCAUCUCAGAGCUGCUCAGCCAACUCAAGAAAUUCCGAAGACUCAGCCGGCCUCAGAAAUAAGCCUGGAGACACGAUGCUUUGCCAGGCCUCCCUGAACCUCUGCAUCCCAGCUGAGGGACACAGCGCCUCGGGACACGGGCAAAGGACACCGAGGACAAGGAGGGACAUUUGUACACCCGGUCAUGUGCACACAGCUGG